AUGAGGCGCCUAUGCGCCGCGCAUCCGCGACUCGGACAACGUGCUCCGCAACUCGCCUCCAGACCCGUCUGCUCACGUCUCGCUACCAACUCCUCGUUCGCGCAGGCGUCAGCGCGGAGGCAACUCUCCUCAUCUCAUGGUCUAUCCGUUCUGAAGUCGCAGGCUCGAUCUGGGCCACACCCAGGACGCGCCAACUCUUCCUGGCUCAAGGGAGCUACCGUCGUCGGAGUUGGUCUCGGCGUGUCCGCGCUUCAGCUAUCCCAGCCAUUGCAUUGCGAACCCCCUCCACCGGCAGCCCCUCUUCCUCCCCCGCCGCAGUCGAGCGUGAACGUGUACGAGCUCUCGUUUGGCACCGUCUGCGGCGUCUGUGCGGGGGUGUUCAUCAAGAAAGGCGCGAAAGCGCUCGCGUUCGUUCUCGGAGGCGUAUUCGUCCUCUUACAGUACAUGGGCUCGCGAUCCGUAGUUAAGGUAGACUGGAGCGCCAUGGGAAGCCGCUUCGAGAACCUGUUCUACACGACCGAUCCCGCCACGGGAACCAAGAGGGCGCCCAACGUGAUCUCUUUAUACCGCUGGCUGGUCGAUUUCCUCACCGCCAACUUCCAACAGCGUGCCAGCUUCGUCGCCGGCCUGGCUCUCGGUCUCAGGAUUGGUUGA